AUGUGGUCGAAGCAAGCGGAUACUCGCAACACCAACAAAAACAUGACAUCAUUCAAAAAUAAGAUAACCAACCGGAAACGGAAAAACUCCAAGUCGAGGACCGAUGACAGCGUCGAGACAGAUACCACGUCGAAGUCAAAACAGAACGAGGAAAAAGACAAACAGAGGCAACCGAAGUGUGGCAAAAAUAGAGGUAGAAAUCGCGGUAAAAAGGACGCCGAGACAGUGAAUAAGAAACCAGUGCAGGAACCCAAAAACUCCGCUGAAUCCAAACCGCCCAACGAUGCCAUCGAAAACGCAGAUGUCGUCCUCAGACAUCCUAACAAGGACAAGCCGAAUCCGAGCAAUAACUGUGUAAAACGGUACAGUGACAGUUUCGUGAUCGAUAAGAACGAUAAAACCGAUAAAAACCUGGGCGAGGAUAGUGAUCAAGUUGCUCCUGUGCUCACCAGAGCGGUCAGCGGCUUCUUCAUCAUCGACCAAGCCAGGAAGGCUAGACGUUUCAGCGACCUGUUCAAGCCUUCAGGCACCUUGAAACUCUCCAACAGCACCGAGUGUCUAAGGAUGAACAACGAGCGAAACGUCAGCCAGCAAAAAGUCAACGAUAAGGGUAAGCUCACCCACAAGCCUAGCCUCAAUGCCAAAGGCGACGCUAACGCCAAGCGGAGCGCUAAGGUGGAGUCGCCUAAAGCUCAGCCGAAAAAGGAACCUCCCACAGGUUCCUAUUUGAAGCGGGUGCGUUCGAAAAUCUACAAGACUAAAGCCGAUUCGGUUGCCAAAGACGAAGUGGACGCUACCUCCAAGUCUAGGAAGCUGAAACCGAAGAAAAGCUCAGAAGCCAGCGGGAGGAUUCCCGAGGACGAAGUGGCAGUUUUGACCCCCAAUGGCGUCCGGAAGUCCUUGACACACUUCGAUUUCCGUUUGACCAGGCAAACCUCUAAUUUGGAACGUGUCAGACCCAAGACCUCUGACUCUUCUUGCAAUCACCUCGGUUCUAGCGACAAGCCGGUUUUGGCGAAGGCUAAAUCCAGCAGCGCUAUUAACUUGAGUUUGCUGCGGACCAGAAGGAACCAGAUCAUGGAGAAGGUGGCUUCGCGGAUGGGGGCUAAAGAUGUACAGAGUGAAUUUGAUUUCAUCGCAUUCGGGAGCGUGAAUAAUUUGACGCAGGACAGGUUGUACGGGUCGCAGACUAGUUUGCAGAGUAUGCAGAAGCAGCCGAGCUGGUUGCACAUCCACAGGGAGGAGAAGGAGGUCGACGAGAAAGUGGACGUGAAACAAGGGCAGCCGGUGUCGAGAAGCGGCUCCGACAGACGGCCGGACGCCGUCCGAGAAGAGGCUGCCAAACACCACCCCCACCACCACCACCAGGAGGCCUCCGGCGGCGGUACGGAGGCGCCGCACGAUGCGUCGGUCGAGAAGACCGAGGCGAACGCCAUGGUUAGUAGUACAAUUCUUCCUGCCGCCGGAAGCCAAAGGAAGGUAAACAGCAACAUCAAUAGAUCGGAAAGCGUGAAAGAACAAUCGGAAAAAAGGAAGCAAAGGAGGAAUAUCAGCGAUCCGUCGCACAACACUACAAGUGGCGAUGUGGAUUUGGACCGGCAUACGGGUUUAUCGAAUACCGAUUCUGGUAGUUCAUCAAAUUCCAGUAUAUCAUGCAAUGGACGUUUGUCAGAGAGUCCUAGCAAUAGCGUGGAAGCUGUCAUCCAGGCGGCUGCUCAACGCGGAGCCCCCGAUUCAGAUAGUGAUAUUGAUGUUGAAUCGGAGCAAUGGCAAAAUCUGGUGCCACUCGAAGAAUUGAAAAAUCUCUCUCCGCACGAGAAAAAACGACAAGAUGUGAUAAACGAACUUUUCCACACCGAAAGUUCUCACGUGCGCAACCUGAAGGUGCUCUACAAGAUCUUCUACAAGAAGAUCCACGAGACGCAGACGCUCAAGCAGGACGAGCUGAACCUCCUCUUCCCCAACAUCAAGGAGAUCCUCGACCUCCAUACGGAGUUCAGUAAGGAGAUGCGCCGAAGGAGGAGGGAGGACCCUAUCGUCAAGGAGUUGGGCGCCAUGUUGGGAGGGAUGUUCGGAGAUAGAUUCGGGGAGUCUUUGAAGAGGGCGGCAGCAACUUUUUGUGAAAGACAGCAGCUGGCACUGGAAUUCAUCAAACGGCGGCGGGAGAGAGAUUCGAAGUUCGACGCGGUGCUGAUAGAAUGCGAAAAGAAACGACAGUGCAGACGGUUGCAGCUGCAAGGCAUCCUGCCGACGGAAAUGCAGCGGCUCUCCAAAUAUCCCCUGCUCCUCGAAAGGCUCAUCCACAGCGUGGAAUCGGAUCCCGAACAGGCCCAACAGCAGGAGGAGGAGCUUUCAAGGCUGAAGAGGGCCCACCACAUGUCAAAGGAAAUCCUCAACCACGUCAACGAAGCGGCAAAAUUGGCCCACAACCAGCACCGGCUCGAAGAUAUCCAGAGACAUCUGGAUACGAGCAAUUUCGAGAGAUCUGAUUAUCCUAUCGCGCAGGAGUUCAGGCCGUUGGAUUUGAGCAAAUAUAGGUUGAUCUUAGAGGGUUCGAUGCACCUGCGCAGGCCCAACAAACCGAUCGUCCCAGUGCACAUCCUGCUUCUUGAAGAGAUCGUCGUGAUAUUGCAUCGGGAGGGAGAGAAGUUCCACUUGAAGUUUUUCCAAUCGGGCUCGACGACGAAUACGAUGCCGCUCGCUCCUAUAAUCAAAAUGAGUACGCUUCUAGUCAGGACCAACGCUUCAUAUAAAAAUGCCCUUUUUCUGGUCAACAUGGCAACGAAUAAUAUACAUAUGUAUGAUUUGAUUGCAGAGGAUGAGAUAAAACGAGAAGUGUGGUUCAAGCACUUCACCGAUGCCACCGAAUCGUACAACAAGCGGCAAGGCAAACCGCCCGCGGCCGCCUCCGACAAACCCGCCCCCGGUGCCGCCCCCACCUCCUCCUCCGACAGCGACGGCGAAGAGGUCGUCCACGACCUGCCUCCCGCCCAGGAGGUGGCCGAGCAGCGGGCGGCCGAGGUGGAGGGAGAGGGGCCGCCUCGAGACCCGCCCCCCGAAGAGGCGGGGACUGGGGACGAGGAAGCGGAGCAGGAGGAACGAAGGACUGUCGAGGACGACGGAGAGGAAUCAGAGAUGGUCGCUGGUGGUGGUGUCGAGACGACUAGGGUGAGCGCUGAAGAUUGGCCGCUCAUCCAACCCUCGCAGGUCAGCAUAGCUGUACCCCCGGUGCACACAGCCGAAUCGAUGCUCACGCCUCUAGAACAAAUCCGCAGGAAGGACGCCACGGUGACCAGAGCCCUCGAAGACAAAGAGGUGCUGGUGGCCGACCUGUUGAGCAUCCCGCGCGAGCACUUCCGCCACAUCGCCGACAUGGCGUCGAUGGACGAGUCGGCUAGCCGGGACCCUUCGGAGCGGGUGCUGGCGUCCAUCUACCUGGUCGAUCGGCUGCAGAAGGCUGUCAACGAGGCGACGAACGUCGGGGAUCUCGAUGUGAUGGCUGCCAAAGGAGGAAGGCACGCGGUAUGCACUGGCCAGCAAGACCAGCCGUCUGAGCACGUGGAGCCACCCUUGACUGUGCCAGCCAGUCUGGUCAGGGACAUAGCCGGCUCUCUUAGUUUGCAGCUUACAACACUAUUGAGCGAAGCUAAACGAGUCGAAGAAGAGAGAGACAGGCUGAGGAAGGAGCUGCACAAGAUGAGGGAGGCGUUGCACGUCGAACAUAACCUGCACAGUCCCGUGCCGGCCGACGACCUCAAUUUGACGUCAUCCACGGAUGUCUCGGAUCAAAACGCCACCUUGAGUGAUAGUAUACAGAUUGUUACAAAGAGUGAUUGUGAAGAGGAUCACUGA